AUCAACAAACCUUACUCCCUCAUGUUUACAUUCCCUUUUAUCUCACCUUAUCAAAUGUAUGCUUCUCCACUGCCGGUAUCAGGUUGAAAACAAUGAUUAUCCAAUCAUGGAAAGUGUCAGUGAUCAUAAUUGAACUGGAAAAUGUGGCCAGGAAUGAAAAAAACUGAUGAACAUCUUUGAUGAUAUUUGAUAUUUUUUAUAUUUAGCACCAAAACAUUUGCCCUGCAAUUCAGUGAAUUCUGCCACCAAAUUGGUCUAAUGGGGCAAUCAAGAUAUAUCAACAGGACCUGUCUGAUCAGCCUGGUUUGUGGUGCACUUUUCGGUGCUUGCUUCUGCUUGAUGUACAUCUACACUGCUGGUACGGGGUGCGCUCCUGCCCAAUCAACGAGUAAACUGAUAAAGUCGGGAGAUUGGCGGGGCGGCGUCUUCGUGAGCCAGAGACCAAAGACGUUACUGAAAGACGAUGGGACAGUCGAUGUUAAUCUUGCGGCAGCAUCGCCACAAAUUUGGAUGAAUCGAGGACGAGGUAAUUUUACAGAGGAAGACAUAGUGGCGAAAAUCCUGUACAACAAAGUCAGAGUACUGUGUUGGACAAUGACCAAUCCUAGCAACUACAAAACUAAGGCUGUGCACAUCAAAGCCACCUGGGCAAAGCGCUGCAACAAGCAUAUAUUCAUGAGUUCAACAUAUGAUCCCAAUCUUCCGACUGUAAAAUUAGACAUCCAAGAAGGACGCAACAAUUUAUGGGGGAAAACAAAAGCAGCUUUCAAAUACAUUUAUGAUAAACAUUUCGAUGAGUACGAUUGGUUCUUGAAAACUGAUGAUGAUACUUAUGUCAUUUUGGAAAAUCUUCGACAUUUGUUAUCAAAUUUUAAUUCUGAGGACCCGAUAUAUUUUGGACGUAAAUUCAAGAAGUACGUCCGGCAGGGGUAUUUCAGUGGCGGUGCUGGUUAUGUUUUGAGUCGGGAAUCCCUGCGACGUUUCGUUGAGAAGGGGUUAAAUGGAAUCUGCCGUCCUAACAAUGGAGGUGCUGAGGAUGUUGAAUUAGGAUUGUGCAUGCAACGUGUUGGAGUGAAGGCUGGUGAUUCGAGGGACGAUUUGGGGCGGGAACGAUUUCAUCCAUUCAAGCCAGAGCAUCAUCUCAUUCCAGAUGCAUUGCCUAAAAACUUCUGGUACUGGUCGUGGGUGUAUUACCCGACUAAAAAUGGGCCGGGAUGCUGCAGUGAUUACGCCAUUUCUUUCCACUACAUUUCAUCCGAGCAAAUGUAUGAAUUAGAAUACCUCGUCUACCACGUGAAGCCAUUUGGAAUCACGCAACUGUACAGUAUACCAAAACACAUUCGUGAUAAACUUCGCCUCUCACCGACCAAAGUUCCGCAAGCUGUCCACGAGAAAAUAGUCACAGAGGCGGGGAUUGACAGGAAGAAUGUGACUGAAGCUGUGACUGCAAGUUCUAUAAAGAGGAUUCCGACGCUUGAAUCUAUGACUUCCACAAACAAUGAAAAGGUAGAUCCACUGGCGUUUCUGAAGCCGAAGAAUGGUACCUCUAGGGUAUAGGAUUUUGUAGGUGAUUUCACUUUGUUUUUAGCAUUGCAGGCAUGUAUCAAAUUUAAAAAAAACACUAGCUGUAGUUUUGAUCAAUUGUGCUGAACUUUAUCAUAAUGUUUCUUUAAAAACAUCGCUUUUUUAGGAUUUUAGUAUACAAAAUAGCAUGUCUUGUGUAGUCAGUGAUGAAAUGUUUCAUUAUCUGUCCGUGUCAUGUGUCUUAUAAGACAUGAGAUCAGGUGCUGUCUGUCCAGGUAAAACUACUGUUUUGAAUGACAUGGUGCAACAUCUUUACCAUUGGUUUUCCUUUCAUUGUGUUAUCACGUGAUUCUACAAAAGAUUUUGUUCGAGUUGGUUGAAAUUGAGACAGGACCGUGAACACGUUUUAAUGAAUAUGGUGUGCACUUUACAAUAUUGAAGAGAUUAAAGCAUUGUGCUCACAAGACCUUUUAAAGAGCAACAGCAGGAAAAAAGUGACUCGUCCUGCUCAAAAAACAUUGUGUGGGAUGUUCCACUCUUUAGAUCUAUAUUUGAAAGAUAUUUCAAUAAUCAUCUUUUCGACAUGACAAGAAUUGCAUUCUUUAAUAUACAUGUAGUUUUGAUAUUAUGUUUUGUUUUCUUUUUGAUUAAUUAAAAAAGAUCUGGAAACUUUCACUGUAUUCCUCCAUUUCUGGGCUGCACCUGAAUCUUUUAAAUGGCACUUAAGAGGUUCAUAGUGCCCAUUGGAAUUUGGGCAGUACAGAGUGCAGCUCAGGUUGGAAAUAUGCCACCAGCUACAAAUACUUAAUAAUACCUAUCGCAUUUGCCGCAAAUUUUAUUAUACUGGUAUAUGUACAUGUAAAUGUACCCGUAAGGCUUCAAGACAUUUUAGUAUGAAACCUUUGCCAAAUUGGUUUACAAAGGUGAUGGAUUUUCCACAAAAAUUUUAUCAUUUGAUGUUGGUUGUUAGUUUGUUUUACAUGUAAUUGCCAAUUGGUGCUAUAUCUUGGAGAUUGUCUUACUGUGCGAUUAUAUCAAACUCGACUAGUACACAGUUAGGAAAUGUGUUAUAUUAUCUGGUUGAAAAAUAUUGUAUAGAAAUUUUGAACGUCCCUGGAUAAUUUGAUCAAAAGUGUUAUCAUCAAAAGGAUAUAUGUAUUCUGUGCAUGUGAUUUUAAGUGAUUUGUAAAUACAGUUGAGUUUGUGAGUGAAGCCGAGAAACUUUUAUGACCCGGUAUCCGAUCAUCUACUUGAAUAUGAAACGUACUGUCUUGAAUAAUUUGAGGUCAAAAUUUAUUCAUUCAUUGACUGAACUAUGAAAUUAUAGGAAUCAACCAUGAGAAAGCAUGAUUUACCGGUUGUACUGACAUAUAUGAGCUUAAAUGAUAUUGCAGGUUAGGAAAUAAUGCUCAUAGUAAGGUACCAAAUGGCUUUUUAUUUGAGCUUCGAAUACCAUAUGCAGUAUUAUUCCUGAAGGGUACCAUAGGGAGUAUUGGGCAUCUGUGUUCUAACUCAAUAAACGAAAAUUCAUGACAUAAAUUCAACUGAUGACAAAGUUAUUGGCAUCUAUUAACCAUGACAGCUCUUUUUAUUUUGACAAGUUCAGCAUUUAUCAUUGAAUGUCUAUACAAGUUCAAUGUUCAUUAUAUCAUUGUCACGUUUUGAUACAAAA